GAAAGUUUGUUUUCAUGCCAAAUUCGUGCGUAGUGUCUCAAAACAGCUUAGUAAAACACAAGUCGUUUCAAAAAUACAAUGUUAUUUAUCAGGACACGUUACAUUUAUUGUUUAAUGAGCGAAGAAUUUCCAACAAAAUGUCUUUGUUAAACAAAUUUGCGACUCCCAUCAUUUUCCACGCCCCAAAUUCCUGUUUGGUCUGUGAAGGGGCGACAUUUCUCAAGGAAGCUGAGAGAGAAGAAAAGUAACCUGGGGUUAAAACACAACUUAGUUUCUCGCAACGUUUAGGUCCGAUGAUACCUGUAACAUUUAUACAACCGAACAAUAACCAAAACACUGUAGUAACUUAAAGAGACGCGCGGUUACAAAGUAACCAUCGCACUACUGGCAACGAGACGCGCAACUUUGUAUCAACUUUUCGCUGACAGUGAAGGAAUUCGCUCCGUAUCGCGACCUGUCGAGUCGUUUGACGGAUACGUUGUUGUUGAUACCUUUGAUACAUUGUCGCUUAAAGUCGUUAAAACGACAUCACAACUCUCCGUGAACGAAUAUUACAGAUACAGAUCGAGGCAUGGAAAUAAUGGAUAGUGGGGAGCCGUUUCUGCAAUGGGACAGGAAUCUCAGCGAAUUGUCCGAACCGGGAGAUAACGACAACAUUUUAUACAGCAACCACUUCACUGAGCUCCUGGAUGAUCUUUCUCAGGAGGCUUUGCUGGGGCAGCUGUUGAGCGACCCGUUCCUGUCCGGACGCGAUGAUGUUAUGGACACAGAGGAGGACCUGACUUCUGCCUCUCCUGUGCCACCACACAUCCAGGCUGAGCACAGUUACUCGCUGUGCGGGGACUCGCGCCCACAGUCUCCCCUCUCACAUCUGCCUGGUGAACCUGGAAGUGAUGCUGGUGAUUCAGACAGUGAUGAUUGGCCCAUGGAACAGGAAAAUAAAGGCCUUAAGAUGGAACCUCUGCUGUGCGACCCGCCCGCCUUGUUGCCCACGCUGACGCUCACGCUGGCCCCUGAGGGCCCGGCCCCUCAGUCUGUAACCACAUCCAGUGACCCCACCCUCACACUGAGCCUUGCUAGGGCUACACAGAUUAAACCUCUGGAUGUGAAGGUGGACAAUGAAAGUUUCAGUCCUGAGAUUAAGCUGGAGCCACACGAGGUGGAUCAGUUUUUGAAUCUCUCCCCCAAAGGACUGGAGUCUUUGCAGAUGCCCCCCACUCCUCCAAGCUCUCACGGCAGUGAUUCAGAGGGCAGCCUGAGUCCUGUACACCCCUGUGCACCCGCCAGCCCCACACAUACUUCUGCUGUCCUCAAGGUGGCGCCAAGAGCCCCUUCUUCUCUUUCCAGUUCUCCUCUGCUGACAGCACCCCACAAACUGCAGGGCUCAGGUCCCCUGCUGCUGACCGAAGAGGAGAAACGUACACUCAUCGCCGAAGGAUACCCGGUGCCCACCAAACUGCCCUUGUCUAAGGCUGAAGAGAAAGCCCUGAAGAAGAUUCGCAGAAAGAUCAAGAACAAGAUUUCAGCUCAGGAGAGCCGUAGGAAAAAAAAGGAGUACAUGGAUGCCCUAGAAAAGAAGGUGGAGACUUGCUCCAAUGAAAACUGUGAACUACGGAGGAAAGUUGAAACACUUGAGUGCACCAACAAGUCUCUGUUGCAACAGCUGCACUCUCUGCAGGCGGCGGUUGCAGGAAAGGUCCCGCGAUCCUGCAGGGUGACGGGCACCCAGACCUCCACGUGCCUCAUGGUAGUGGUGUUGUGUUUCUCUCUGUUCUUGGGAAGUUUCUACCAAGGCCUGAGUCCUUGUUCUUCUAUCACCAAAACAGACCUGACCAGAGACAUUUCCAUACAAGACUCGUACACAACUACAGUGAAGUCCCGCAACCUGCUGGCCAUAAGUGAGCACGGGGGGAUGGACGACCCUCAUUUUGUCGGUCUGGGAGGGGAAUAUCCUGAAUGGGAUGGGCAGGUUGAUGUCAUGGCAGCUUGGCGCUUGGAACAGCAACGCAAACAGGAACAGGCGGACAUACACGAAGCGGAGCCACACCCACAUUUAAUCAACACCAAUAAAGCGUUUCUCAUAGACCUGCAUACACACAGGUCAAACACGACGGCAAAAGUGAUACAGUUGGAGAGGACGGUCAAUGAGACAUCCUGAGGUUCGGCUGGUCCCCCUCUCUCCCCAUCAACAUAUAUUAUUCCUCUCUCUCCCUGCAGUGGCGGGGCGAUAGGCUUUGUAUUUAUAGAUAUACUUUAAGUAUUGUUUUACUUAACUUAGAUGUCCUUUUUUAAGAUAAAGGCAAAAAACAAAAAAACUUAUUUUUUAUUCCAUUCCAACAGUAUCUCAUAUUUUGAUACUUUAUGUACACGAUUCUGCUUUAUUUACGUGCUUUAAAUUUGUUUUUUUUUUUGCAAUUCCUCGUUUCUUUUUGUGCCUAUUUGCCCCAUGCUACUGAGAACAUGUGUAAUAUAUUGAAAUUUCUGAUUUCGUAUUUACACAAUGACACAAACAAUGGGGAUGUUAAAUGGUAUUAUGUAGCUAUACCAUGUCAAUUCAAAGAGGAUUUCUGCAGGCAUCCAAAGAUUCAUUCAAAAAUAAUCCAAGGAUUCACACUGUAAUACUAAAUUCAAUAAAAUAAUAUCUGUAACAGUGUUUACUGUUUGAAGAUGGAAGUUUUCCAAAGCAUUUAAAGAGGUUUUCUUAAUGUGUCAUCUGUCUUUUGUAAAUAUUUGUGAAAUUCUUUUGUAUUGUCAGGGAUAGAAAUGAAUUCAUGAGCUUUAUAUCAAUGGAGAUGCUUUCAUAGAGGGUAAUGUACAUGAAAGGAUGGACACUUGAUCCAUAGUCCCUCAUAUGACGUUGCCCUCUUUUAUUUGGUCUAAAGUCUUUUAAGGACAGAUGGUGCUUUUUGUCCUUCCAACCGUGUCAUCUCUCUGAUCGUCAAAUCAUUUAAAUCUUUUUUUCCUAGAUUUGAAUGGUCGUUAAAACCGUAGUUCGGAGCGAUGUGUGUCGGCCCUGUAAGCAGGCAUGCGGUGAACUUCCUUGCACUGGGUCCCUAUAGAAUUGAUCUGUUAUUUAUUAUUUUUUAGUGUGCCUGCAAGCCUUUUUAUCCUGGAGACAAGAGCAUUUUGAAGGAGAGGUUUUUCCCAUGUGAUGUUUGAAUUGUGGCAUAAUGUCUGACAAUUUGCCGCAGAUGAUGUUGUAUAUAAGCUUGGUGUGUAUUCUGUAUUUGUUGUGGCGAAAUACUUAAGUGAUAUAUUCAUCUUCUCACUCUUAUGAAAUGCCCACAGACUGUCUUACCCACCUAUAAAUUGUAUUUCUUUUCAUUGCAUCACAUCAAUUCAAUUUUAUUGUCUUGAAAAUCUUCCUGAAAUUACCUUGCCUUGUCCUGUUCUCUGCAAAGCAAAUAAAUAUUUUCCUUAGUAAAAGCAUUGAGAAAAA